CCGCGGUAGACCAGCCCUCCCGGGGGGGGGGGCGACUUUGGCCAGCCGCCCAGUUUCCAAAAGCGGGCGGGGCGGAGCGUGCCUGGGUCGGGCUCUCACUGGCUCGGUCGGCGGGGCUGGGCGGCGCAGGAGGCGGGCGUGGGCCAGCCCUCGGUCGCCGCUCCAAAGCAGGGGCUGGAAGAAGGCAGCGAGGGUGGUGCAAGCGCGGCGGCGCUCAGUGCAUGGCCGGCUAGCCGCCGCCCGCGCCGGCCUGGAUGAGCCCUUAGCGGCCGGAGGCCACCAUGGAGCAGGCGGGCGCCGAGCCUGCCUUCUCGCACCCACUGCAAGAGGAAGAGGAGGAGGGCGGCGCGGCGGCUGCGGCGGCCGAGAAGCGCUUCAAGCUGUGGUACGUGGGCUGGUCGUGGCUGGACCGGCGCGCCACGCUGCCCAUGUUGCCCUGGCUGGUGGCCGAGAUCCGGCGGCGCAGCCAGCAGCCCGAGCCGGGCGUCGUGGGGCCGCGGGAGGUGCUUCUGCUGCUGGGCGCGUCGCCCCACCUGCGCUGCGUCCCUUCGGCCCCCGCCGGCGGCGCCCGCCCGGCCGUGCUCAUCUUCGAGCACCAGGCGCAGCACAUCGCGCGCUUCAUCCACGCCGGCCACGAUCUCGCCUACUUCGCCUACCUGAUCAAGGCGCAGCCCGACGACCCCCGCUCCCAGAUGGCCUGCCACGUCUUCAGGGCCAACCACCCCGACCAGGUUCCUGAUGUAAUUAGCAGCAUAAGACAAGCUUCCAAAGCAGCCCUCAAGGAGGACGUCAAACCCAGCAAAGACAGUGAAGAUGCCUUCUACAACUCCCAGAAAUUUGAGGUCCUGUACUGUGGGAAGGUGACAGUGAUUCACAAAAAGGCCCCCUCCACUCUGAUCGAUGACUGCAUCGAGAAGUUCAACCAGCACGAACGCCAGCGCCUGAAACUGUUAAGCGAGCAACGCAGUUCAGAGUCCAGCGUGGACCUUGCUGAGAAUGAAGGCGAUGCGCCGCCUUCUCCUUUGGACAGUCCCUUCGAGGAGAUGGAUGCUGCGGACGCCACUAGCGGUGGUCACGUCACAAUGUUUACGGUUGGAAGUCAGACUAACCUGGCGAGCCUGGCUGGUUCCCGUCACUCUUUCCCCGAGAGGAUUUUGGAGGAUUCUGGGUUUGAUGAUCAGCAGGAAUUCCGGGCCCGGUGCAGCAGUGUCACUGGCGUUAUGCAAAGGAAGGUGCAUGACAACACCUUAAAUACCCAGUCGCGGAGACGGCAUGCAAGUGCCCCCAGCCAUGUCCAGCCCUCUGAUUCUGAGAAGAACAGGACCAUGUUGUUUCAGGUUGGACGAUUUGAAAUUAACCUCAUCAGUCCAGAUUCUAAAUCUGUGGUGUUGGAGAAGAACUUUAAAGAUAUCUCAUCAUGUUCUCAGGGCAUAAAAAACAUAGAUCACUUCGGUUUUAUUUGUCGCGAAUCUAUUGAACUUGGCAUAAAUCAGUAUGUUUGCUAUGUAUUCCAGUGUGCUAAUGAGUCUUUGGUUGAUGAGGUAAUGCUCACUCUCAAACAAGCUUUUAGUACCGCUGCCGCUCUCCAGAACGCCAAGACUCAGAUUAAACUGUGCGAAGCUUGUCCGAUGCACUCCUUACAUAAACUCUGUGAAAGAAUUGAAGGUCUUUACCCACCAAGAGCGAAGCUUGUGAUUCAGAGACAUUUGUCAGCGCUCAGUGACAAUGAGCAAGCUGACAUCUUUGAGCGUGUCCAGAAAAUGAAGCCUGUUAGUGACCAGGAGGAAAAUGAGCUUGUGAUCUUACACCUGCGACAGUUGUGUGAAACAAAACAAAAGACGCAUGUGCACAUUGGCGAGGCACCAGUGCAGAGUACCUGCAACAACUCAGUCACCGAGACUGCAGCGAGUGGCGGCAGGUUCAAACUUGAUGUUCUGAAAAACAAGGCCAAGAAAUCUUUGACUAGUUCUCUGGAAAACAUUUUCUCAAGGGGAGCUAACAGGAUGCGUGGCCGUUUAGGGAGCAUGGACAGUUUUGAGAGAUGCAGCAACCUCUCCUCUGACAAAGACUGCUCCUCGGGAGAAUCUCCUCCCUCGACUCCCCCGGGUUCGCCGAUAUCCUCAGUUGGGCAGCCAUUUCCUGAAGAGGAUUCUGAUUCCCCUCAGUUCAGAAGACGGGCACACACGUUCAGCCACCCGCCAUCCAGCGCAAAGAAGAAGAUCUCUUUCCAAGACGGGAGAUCCCAAAGCGUCAAGUCUCCUCUCCUGAGACAGAACUCUGUGGAACAGAGCAGGCCGACCGUUGCCCGACGCACUCGCAGUGAGAGUGAAUCAUCCGCUCUAUCCAGCCUCCCUUCUUCCUUCUCUGCCCCGUCUUUCCUGAAAAGCUUUUACCCGAGCUCAGGAAAGCCACCUCCGCCAUCUGAAAAUGAACUUCCCAAGAGUAAUGGGGAAAGACGAAAAAGGACAUCUUCGGUCUGCAGCAAUGAAUCUGUGAAUGCAGGUGGAAUCGCUCUUACCCCCCGCCGGAUCUCCUGGCGGCAGAGGAUCUUCCUCAGGGUAGCAUCACCCAUGAAGAAAUCUCCCUCGGCAAUGCAAAAUCAAGAUGGGGGUGAUGGGAGUGAGUUGUUACCCCUGUCUCCCCUUGUGCCAUCUUUGGAAGAAGACCCCCUGGCUUCCAUAUUACAAAACGAUGACUCCCAAGAUAAAAGUGGGGAGAAGAAGAACUCCGAAGAGUUGCAGAGUCUGUGGAGGAAAGCUAUCCAUCAACAAAUACUGCUGCUACGGAUGGAAAAAGAAAACCAGAAAUUGGAAGAAGCAAGCCGAGAUGAGCUCCAAUCCCGAAAGGUUAAGUUGGACUACGAGGAAGUGGGUUCUUGUCAGAAAGAUGUUAUCAAUGUCUGGGAUAAGAAGCUCUUAAACUGCAGAGCCAAAAUCAGAUGCGACAUGGAAGAUAUUCAUGCUACUCUGAAAGACGGUGUGCCAAAAAAUCGCCGGGGAGAAAUUUGGCAAUUCCUGGCUGUGCAGCAUCGUGUGCGACAUCGGCUGUCCAACAAGCAGCAGCCCCCCGACAUUUCCUACAAAGAGCUCUUGAAACAGCUGACAACUCAACAGCAUGCAAUCCUUGUAGAUCUAGGAAGGACCUUUCCAACACACCCUUAUUUCUCUGCUCAGUUGGGAGCAGGGCAGCUGUCCCUCUUCAAUCUUCUGAAAGCAUAUUCCUUGCUGGACAAGGAGGUGGGCUAUUGCCAAGGCAUCAGCUUCGUGGCCGGAGUGCUGCUUCUCCACAUGAGUGAAGAACAAGCCUUUGAAAUGCUGAAGUUCCUCAUGUAUGACCUUGGCUUCCGGAAACAGUACAGGCCUGACAUGAUGUCACUACAGAUCCAGAUGUACCAGCUGUCAAGGCUUCUUCAUGACUACCACAGGGACCUCUACAACCACUUGGAAGAGAAUGAAAUCAGCCCCAGCCUUUAUGCUGCCCCUUGGUUUCUAACCUUACUUGCUUCACAGUUUCCAUUGGGAUUUGUAGCUAGAGUUUUUGACAUUAUUUUCCUCCAAGGGACAGAAGUCAUAUUUAAAGUAGCCCUCAGCCUGCUUAGCAGCCAAGAAGUGCAAAUCAUGAUGUGUGAUACUUUUGAGAACAUAGUUGAGUUUCUUAAAAACACUCUCCCGGAUAUGACGAAGCUGCAGAUGGAGAAGAUUAUCACACAGGUAUUUGAGAUGGAUAUUUCUAAACAGCUUCAUGCCUAUGAAGUAGAGUAUCACGUUCUUCAGGAUGAGCUACAGGAUGACUCGAAUCCAUGUGACGAUGGUGAGGCUCCUGAGAAACUUGAAAGGAUGAAUAACCAGCUCAAGAGACAGAACAUGGACCUGUUGGAGAAACUGCAGGCCGCUCAUGCUAAACUCCAGAGCGUGGAAUCAAAUUUGGAAGACGUCUUGGCGAGAGAGAGCAAAAUGAAGAGUUUGAUCCUAUCGCUGGAGCAAGAGAAGACUCUUUAUCGAAAGACUAUCGAGAAGAUCUGUCAUCAUCUGCCUGCUGAGGCGUUGUCGGCUUGUGAGCAGCUGCUGAAAGAGGCGGACUGUCACCCAAACAUGAUCUGGAAAUAAGCCAUAAAUUGAGAGUUGCAGGCGACGCCAUUUUCUGACAAUAAAGGAAAGAGACAGACCGGCUGCUGUUGAGGGUAUCUGCUCUGCCUCACACGGGUACUGGGAUUCUUAGAGCAGAAAGAGAGGCCUUUUUCAACCUUGAUAUGCAAAUCCCAGGUUAAAUGUUUUUAAUAAUGUGUGUACAUAAAUUGCAAUGCAAAAAAAAAAGUUCAAAUCUAAUGAAGACAAUUAGAUAUAUAUUUAGGACUUAUCUAAAGGGAGAGGGGGGAAGGGUGAUAUUUCACUAGUGGGAACCAGUGAUGACUUUCCAAACGUCAACCUCAGUAUGUUUUCUUGACCUGUAGUAAAAGAAACACUGUUGUGUCUUUCUGUACAUUAAUUAAUACUUGAAACAAAACAGGAAUGUAAUUUUUCCCCUCCAAAGAAUAGCAUGUUUCUCAUUGUAAUGGGGGCGGGGUUCUUUUGUUGAGGUGGUGAUGUGAUGGAGAGAAAGGAAUGGGGAAACGAGAAAAAUCCCUUUGAGCUCUCAUGUGCCUACAGUGAAUUCUGCUGACAGCCACAGCUAUGUAAAAUUAAUCCCUGUUGGCUCCCCCGAUGUGACUUUGCUACUGAGAAUCACUAGUUCCAACUUGCUUUUUCAGGCACCUCCAGGUGGCCUGGCCUUAUUUUUCCUUCUGUAUCUCCCAAAGUUGACGGGGGAGGAGGCGAAGGUUGGAAGUUAUCUCUCUCUUUCAGAUCUUGCCCCUUGCUCUGUGAAGAGUCAGAUGGCAGCAACAUCACAAGAAGCUGGAUCCAUUGAACUGUGUUAUCCCCGGAGGGCUGGUGGGAGAUGAAAUGCUGGACCUUGCGCACAACUAGUCCAUCUGGAAGAGGCCGCUAGGGUAGCCCUUCUUCCGACAUGCUGAUUCUGUAUGUGUCGGCCUUGUUUAUAUGGAGAACGUUCAAAUAGUUCGUCUCCCAUCUUAGAACCUGAAAUGGUACGGUCCAGCAGCAGAUUCCUCGCCUAGGGUUUCUCCUCAUACAUUUCAGGCGUUGAGGAGCAGAAGAGGCGACGCAGUUUUUGGCGCAAAUGGUGUGCGCUGCAAUUGAAUGUGCGUUGUCAUUUCAAGGUUUCAAGGAGUCAAGGGAACUUUGUAGGAUUAUUUUCUUCACUGUUUCAAGGGCCAUGGGGUCAAACGUUCGUUCCAGCUUCACACACACCCCCACCUCCUUGUUGGAACAAGGGUACUGAAUAAAAUGUAUGCGUUAGCAUUUCUUAAACACUGUAGGAUUAUUAUUAAAACAGAGCAAAGAUGCACUUGCCCCAGAAAAGCAUGUAGGCUUUUCUUGUGUUAACUCUUCACAGAGUCUAUAAUCUAGAUCUAGUGGUGGAUACAUUUCAGCUGCAAAUAUCUGCUUUGUAGUAUGCUUUUUAAAACAAAAUUUAAAAAAUCAAAGAAGGCCAUGGACACUGUUUGAUGUUGUUCAGGCGGCUUCUUCUAGCCGCUGCUCUUUGCUAUUUUGAAGCAUUUUUUGCGGGGGGAGGGGAGUGGGGAAUUCUUCUACCAGGCCGUGAAGUCAAAGCUUGAUAUUAUAGGGAAUGGCAAAGCUAUGCAAAUAGCUGUCAGUCACACCCAGGAAACGUGCAUUUUUGGAAAAUGCUUGAAUUAUUAUCAGGUUUGGUAGAGAUUUAUUAUUUGUCAAAUUGUUUUAAUAAUGAGAAAAGUGCCAAAAUCUGCCAAGCUGUCUUACUCAUGCCAAUUGGGGAAGAGUGGGUGUGCCUGGGCUUCCGUUGUAACACCCAUUAUGCAAAUGACAAAUUAGAUGCGGGAGGGGACAACAACGUUGUGGGGUUUUUGUGUGUGUGCCACAGCAUCACUCUCUCCCAUUUGUGGUUAUGGUCCAGCCGGAGGACAGGAAAUCCUCAGAGCUGACGUAACUUGUAUUAAUUUUGGUCCUGCGACAGAAGACUCAGAUAGUUUUGUUUCCUUGCCAUUGAUUAUUGCCUCUUAUUGAGCGGCUAAAUUUCACAUGGAAUUAGAUGGCACUGCAAUAAUACUGUAUUUCCCCAGUUCGAGGGAGAGAGAGAAGCCAUUUGAUGCAAUUUGUGCAAACGGAAUUAAAUCCCAGAGAACUGUGGGACCGUGUACAGCAAUGAUCAAGUUGUUUGGGAACACCCGGCUUUUUUUAAAAUUAAUUUUGAAGCACAGAAUAUUUCACUGUAUGUUGGACUUGCAUUGACUUUUGAGUUACUCAUCCAUCACUUGGAACAUUUCCAAUAAAUGUCAUUGCUGCA